UGCAACUUAAAGAACUUGACGACUAAACAAACGGUGGUGUUAGUAGGCGAUGUAAACAGAGUAGCCAGCGUAAAAUCAAAUCCUCCAACCUACCUCUCCUCGUCUUCUCCGCCCCGCUUUUUUCUCCCUCUACUAUUUCCCUCCCCUUCCAUUCUCAUUCUCUCUCACACCUAAACGCAAACACGCCUUUUCUCAAUCUCAAUCUCCAAUGGCUUCCUCUUCUUCUGCUUUCCUUUCCAAAAUCUCAAUCUCCAACAAAAGCAUCUCUUUCUCUUCUUCUGUAUCUCCUUCUUUCCCUUCUUUUCCUUCCACAUUUCCUUCCAAAUCUCACCGCUGUAAUAGACGAAAUAAUGCCUUGCGAGUCCAAUCGAAGAUCCGUGAGAUCUUCAUGCCUGCACUCAGUUCCACCAUGACUGAGGGCAAAAUUGUUUCCUGGAUUAAAUCCGAAGGUGAUGUUCUCUCUAAAGGCGAAAGCGUCGUAGUUGUCGAGUCCGAUAAGGCUGACAUGGAUGUUGAGACUUUCUACGAUGGAAUUCUCGCUGCAAUUGUUGUUCCUGAGGGUGAAUCAGCUCCUGUUGGUGCUCCUAUUGGAAUUUUAGCUGAAACUGAAGACGAAAUUGCCGAAGCUAAAGCAAAAGCUGCCACCAAAACUGGCGGCGCGGCUCCUGCUGCUGCUGCUCCUCCCACUCCCACUCCUCCUACUGCUUCUACUCCUACCCCUACUCCUGCUUCAGCUCCAGUAGCAGAUGUGGCGGAGGGGCCCAGGAAGACAGUGGCGACACCUUUUGCAAAGAAGUUGGCUAAGCAGCAUAAGGUGGAUAUUAACAAGGUUGUCGGGACGGGGCCGCACGGGAGGAUUACGCCUGCUGACGUGGAGGCAGCGGCUGGUAUUACUCCAAAGCCUGUCGCUGCUGAGCCUGUUCCAGUUUUGGCUGCGGCUCCUGCUGCUCCGGCUAAAGCUGCUGCCAGUCCUACGGCUCCUCUGCUUCCGGGGUCUACCGUUGUACCGUUUACAACAAUGCAAGCUGCAGUGUCAAAAAAUAUGGUGGAGAGUCUUUCAGUCCCCACUUUUCGGGUUGGGUACCCUGUAACAACUGAUGCUCUUGAUGCACUAUAUGAGAAGGUGAAACCAAAGGGUGUGACUAUGACUGCAUUGUUGGCAAAAGCUGCAGCAGUGGCAUUGGUUCAACACCCAGUUGUGAAUUCCUGCUGUAAAGAUGGAAAAAGUUUUACGUAUAACAGUAAUAUUAACAUUGCUGUAGCAGUGGCAAUCAAUGGUGGAUUGAUUACUCCUGUUCUUCAAGAUGCAAACAAGUUGGAUCUGUAUCUAUUAUCACAAAAGUGGAAAGAGUUGGUGGAGAAAGCCAGAGCAAAGCAACUUCAGCCUCAUGAAUACAACUCAGGGACAUUCACUCUUUCCAAUUUGGGAAUGUUUGGAGUGGAUAGGUUUGAUGCUAUUCUUCCUCCUGGCCAGGGGGCUAUAAUGGCUGUUGGAGCAUCAAAACCAACUGUGGUGGCUGAUGCUGAUGGAUUUUUUAGUGUGAAAAGUAAAAUGCUGGUGAAUGUAACAGCUGAUCACCGAAUUAUCUAUGGUGCUGACUUGGCUGCCUUCCUUCAGACCUUUGCAAAGAUCAUUGAGAAUCCAGAAAGCCUGACAUUAUAGAUGACAUUUUUUUUCUCCCUUUCAACAGAGCAGUUGAUUUUGAGUGUAUUCUUUGGUUGUUGACAAAAUGCUGGCGUCCGCUAAACAGACUCAAUUGGCCGAGGAACCCGGUUUUGCAGUACUUUCUAGUGAUGCUCUGCUCGUGUUGUACCUAUGUUUUGAUUUUGGAAGGAUUUCAUUUACAUGACAGAUACUGUUGAGUAGAUUUUCUAAAGAAGGGAAUAAUAAGUUCUUCAAAGUUUUAAUUAUGAGGGACCUGUGAAUGUUACAGUUUAGCUGGAAAUAAACAUGCUUAUUAGCGUCAAGUUAAUUUUUAUAACUCUUAUUAUAUUAGUCUUUAAACCAUGA